AUGGAAGCUUAUUGUUGGAAGAACUCAUUGCAACUUCAGGAGAAAAUCCCUUGGAAUGUAAGAUUGAAGAUCGCUAAAGAGAUUGCGGAUGCUGUAACGUAUCUUCAUACUGAAUUCCCAAGAACUAUAAUCCAUAGGGAUUCAAAGCUUGCAAAUAUAUUCCUGGAUGAGAAUUGGACUGCCAAGCUCGCUUCUUUCAGCCUCAGCAUACUGAUUCCAGAAGGAGAAUCAGGCGUAAAUGACAUGGUUUGCAGGACAUCAAGCUAUAUCGAGCCCGAUUACCUCAAUACAGGUUUGGUCACCGAGAAUGUCCAUGUUUAUAGCUUUGGGAUCAUCAUGCUAAUUCUUUUGACAGGAAAGACUGAAUACACUUCCGAAGUAGCUGUUUAUCUUCCUGUAUUGCCUGUCUAUGUUGGAAAGUUUCUGGAGAAAGGUCUUUUGACUGAACUGAUAGACCCGUCGAUGUUGGAUAGCGUGAGUGGCGACAUUCCCGAGCAUUCAAGACUGAAAAUGGAAGCAUUUAUUGAGCUUGCUUUUAGAUGUGUAAGAUUCAGACCAGGAGAGAACGUGCCUCACAUGAUAGAAGUUGCUAGAGAACUCAAGGAGAUAGAAAACAUACCUGAGGCGACAAACAUUGAUCUAUCUCUUCUAUAG